UUUUUUUUUCCUUCCCAAUGUCUCCAAAUGCUUGCUCAUAGGGGGGUCAUCUGAUUGCUGGGGUUUUAUCUGCAUUACUGUAGGGUCUUUACCUUCCUUUUGUAAUGCACCUUGUGUGCAUUAUGUCUAGCCUCUUCAUAUUUUUUUAAAUUGUAGUUUUAUCUUCCUUUGUUAAAUUGUUUCUCUGCACUCAGUAAACCUGGACGUGUUUCCAAUUCGCUAUGUUUCUCGUUUGUGGACCAUCAUACUAACAGUUCGUAUGGAUCCAAAUGAACAUAGAGCAUAUUAAGAGCCAAAGCUAAAGAAAUCCUUUUCUGUCCUCCGGGAUUUUACACAGAACAUUUCCUCAAAGUAAAGUCAUUAAAUAUCUCUUGUGGCUGGGGUUACUGUGGGCCUUUUUUUCAUUCAAAAAUUGAAUAAAAAGUAAUGCAAAACGGGUUUAAUAUCCAAAGCGGCUAAUUUUAAUAUGUUAACUGCAGCAUAAACUACAAUAACACAAAACAAUUUACCUUUUUGUGACUUGCCGAGGACUAAGUAUGUUUCUGCAGCAGUUUGUCCUACUUUUAAGCAGAUGUUUCCCUCUUCAAAAGGAAAGAAAUGACAUACAGCAGCUGCAAUGUCAACUGACAGACACCCAGUGAGUGCGGCCAUAUUUUACUGGCAUACACACAACCUGCGAGAUUUUUCAUUCAGCUAAGAACCUUGUGAGGCGUCCGGAUGAGAUAACCUGCUGAUGUGUUAAACCUUUUGUUCUUUUGGGAAAUGGGACAUUAUCUGAUUACAGGUGCACACCGAAUUGCCCCUUUCAGAGGUCAUGUGACUCCGAAUUCACCUUCAUCCGAGUUUAUCUAACAAUGUUCGGACGGAAGACUUGUUUCAAAACAAAAUCGCACUGUUGAUAGCGUGGAGAUAAGACGUGGGGAUAAUUAACCGUAUAUUUUAGACUAAAUCCAUCCAUCUAUUGGCUGGUGGUGGUGGGAGGAGGUUGUGGCUCAUAAACUACGAAGCAUGUGGUGUGACAAUGCCGGGGUGCCCGGGGAUAUAAAAGGUGCAGACAGGCGCUCUCCCCUCAGGAUAACGUCAGGUCUAUCAACGAUGCGGAUGCUGCUAUUUCUCAGUGCGCUGUUGGGGGUGUUCGGGUUGGAGAAAGCGUCCCCCGUGGACACCCAGCAACUUCGGGCCCUUCAGUGCCCGCCCUGCGAGCGGAUACACUGCUCUUCCCGGCGGGCGCUGAAGCUCCAGUGUAAAGGGGGCGUGACGACGGGUGUCUGCGGAUGCUGCCCCGUGUGCGCCAAGACGGAGGGGGAGACCUGCGGGGGGACGUGGGACUACCUGGGGAAGUGCGACGAGGGGCUGGUGUGCGUUUUUCAGGACUCAGCAGCUGCCAAACCAGACGCAGAACGCAAAGGGAUCUGCAAAGCAGUGAUUGAACAGCUGGAUGCAGAGAGCUGCCAACCAGAGUGCACCAAGGAGUACUGCCAGGCCAAUCCCUCUGCAAUCUGCUCUGCCAGGUCUACAUCUCUGCAGAAUAAAGAGUGCCAGGGCUCCUGCCAGCACACGUCCUGCUCCAGCUGUCUGCUGCUGAAGCGUCCAUCGUGCUCUCAGACCUGCGCCCCGUCCGAUUCCACCUGUCUGCAACACUUUGGGAAAUGUGUGCACAAUCACCUGACUGCACCUCACAGUCCCAUAUGCCACAACAGCCUCCAGAGUAACUGCGAGGGGCAUUUUGUGUGCUUGAUCCCGGACUGUCCGAGCUCAUCCAGCUAAGAAGAAACCAAGAGGAACACUUGUAGCAAAAUGUGAAGAAAGGCAGCUAUGUUUAAACCCUGUGAAUAUCUCAAAACUACUUAAUCAACAAUUACUUUUCGCCCCCUGCAAUUUAAAUCAAGAUUAAAACCUUCUACUUUUUUAAAUUCUAUACCAUCAUGUAUUGACUUUGCUCUAUUUAUUUAUGGGGAUUACCAGGCUGGAUCUGCACUACUCUAGCUGUUAAUUAAUGCUGUCCAGUGAUGUGCAUUGCUUUAUAUGACGUUAGACAGUUGGCAUAAUCACUGUUUGUUUUUACGUGUUUUCUUGUAUCUUAUAUGAACUUGUGUGUCACCAUAAGUGUUUAAUUCAUGUACCACAACAUGAAAACCUACCUGCUAAGUAAACAUAUGUCAGAUUCUCUCUGUCACCUGUGUGUCAAUUAUUUAAUUAGAUCUCAAAUUACUGGAUAUCAUUACCAGUGAAUGAAUAUUCUAAUCCAUAUUCUUACAGUUUCAGCUAUAAAAUACAAAUGCAGUAAACACAUUAUUUAUAAAACACAAACUAACACAAUACUUUACAAACAACCUGCAGUUUUUGGCCAGACCAGUAAAUCCACUGCAUAAAAAGAGCCCACAAACAUGUGAUAGAUCUGUAUCAGUCAGUCUACUGCCAUAAAAUAUACUGACCAGCCACUUUAUUAGGUACACUAUACUAAUACUGCUUUGGACCCACUUUUAGUUAAUACCAAUUUAAUUCUUUAUAGCACAGAUUUGACAAGAUGCUGCAAUUAUUCCUGAACUCAUUGUCAUGCUCUUAAGCAGUUUGAGAUGAUGUGAGGUUUCUGAAAUGGAGCUUUAUUAUGUUGGAAAGAGCCAUCAGGAGAUUGGUGCACUGUGAUUAUAAAGGGAUGGACAUAAGCAGCAGGAGUACCUGGUACGCUAUGGCAUUUAAAAAUGCUCAAAGUGUGCUGAGAAAACAUCAAAUCACCACCAGCUUCAACUGUUGAUCCAACUCAGGAUGGAUUCAUGAUUCAUUUGUGAGGUUUAUGCCAAAUUUUGACCCCACCAUAUGAGCGCUGAAAUACUCAGCAAAUUCACUUCCUCCUUCUAACGCUUGAUUUGAACUUCAGCAGGUCAUCUUGACCAAGCAGGGUAAAGACAACCUGCUCCAUGUGGUUGGUGUCAUGUGAUUGGCUGAUUAGAUAUUGGUGUUAACGAGCAGCUGAACAAGUAUACCUAAUGAAGUAGGCAAUGAAUGUACAUUGCAAUCAACAGAUAAAAGCAAAAAUAACAACAAAAAGAGAUUUUACUUCUUUAUCAAACAAGUUUCUGAGGUGUUUGAAUGCUUUCCACACCUUUUCACUUGUGUGUAGCAAUGCUUGCAGCAAGGCAUCAUGUAUAGCAAAACAUUUUAUAUAAGACAUCAUUAUUUUCCUGCUUUGCAAAACCAUCCAGUGGACUGUGUUGAACGUUUA